AUGUUAUCAAAAGCAGAUGCCGAUCAAAGAAUUUUAGAUUUUCCGAGCAGUAUUUUUAGUCAGGGUACAAUUUGGGUUUGUGGAAGAAAUGUUGAUGGACAAUUACUUACACCAUGUAAAGAUACAACUUUCCACUCAGUAUCAGAUAUUCUUCCUGUCGAAGUUUCUGAAAUAUUUCCAUAUGGUGAUAGUUUAAAGUGGAUUGGAGCUGGAGAUCAUUUUACAAUUCUCGUGACCAAAUCAAAUGUUGUCUAUGCUGCUGGACAAAAUACGAGUGGUCAGCUUGGAUUAGAUCACAACAAGGUUUUGACUGAAAAGGUUGUUCGAGUUCACUUUUUUGAUCACAAGAAUAUUGCAAGUAUUAGUUGUGGAGCUUAUUAUACGUUUUUUAUGGAGGAAAUUGGAGAUUCACAAAUUGUUUAUGUGUGUGGAAAGAAUAAUAGUGGACAAUUGGGAAUUACAUACAAUGAAGAUGAGGAUAAUUUGAUCUUUCCACCUCAUAACUUGAAUUUAUCAUUUAUUGAAAAUGAUAGAAUUGAAAAGAUUGUUUGUGGAUAUGAAACUACCUUGAUAUUAUGCAAGAGUGGAAAGCUUUAUGGUGCAGGAGCAAAUACCACCAAUCAAUUGGCUAGACCAUCAUCAGAUCCAUUACUACACAAAUCAGGAAGUUUUGAAUUAUGUAAUUUUGAAUCCUUAAUUUCCGAUCACGAAAAGAUCAUCGACGUUUCCUUGGGAACAAGUUAUGUUCUAAUUUUAACAGAUAUUGGCAAUGUGUACAGCAAUGUGAAUACAUCGUAUCCAUUUUUCAAGAGAAUUGGCUUGAAUAGCUCACCAUUUUCCAAAAUUCAUUUUGGAGCAUCAAAUGCUUAUUUGAAAAUUUCAGAUAAUCACCCAAACGAAGAUAUUGCAGGAAAGAUUACACAAUUACUCAUUGAUAAUCAAUCGGGUUCAUUUGACAAUAAUUUGAAUAUACUAGACCCAGUAAUUAACAAUUCAGAUACAAAUAUUGCAAUUAUGAGUGGAUUGACAGGAUUCUUUUUCAUUUCAGCUGACUAUUCCCAAGUAUUCUCCCUUGGAAGUUCUGGAUCUGGUGAAUUGGGUUAUAUAGUACAUUCUGUACCUGUUCCAGAAAGGAAUUUUAUUGUAGAAACAAUUAUUUCAAGAACUCGAUCCUCAUCCAAUAGAGAACUAGAACCAAAAAUUGUUUGUGGUUACAGUCACACAUUAUUGUACUUUUCAGAUGUUAGAUCCAGAAAUUAUCUUCUCUUUGUUGCUAAUAUGGAAAAGCACAGUCACACUACCACUUAUCUGUGUGAUAUUUCUUUUGUAUUUUAAUCUUGUUUUCCUCUUCCGCCACUGCCAUUGCUAUCAUCAUCAUUAUUUAAUUUCUCACUAAUACUUUUAUAAAGAUCCGAUUCAGCAAA